AUGUCUAUGUUGAAAAUUCAUAAUAUAAAAGAAUUAUCAGAUACUGAGAAGAAAAAACAUAAAAUUAGUGCAGCUCAAAUCCGAGUUCAAAAAGAUAUUACUGAACUUCUUAUGCCAGAGACAAUGAAAAUAGAAUUUCCAGAUCUAGAUGAUUUUUUAAAUUUUUAUCUUAUAAUUAGACCAGAUGAGGGUUUUUACAAAGGAGGAUCUUUUUGUUUUAAAUUUAAUAUUAAUGAAAAUUAUCCUCAUGAUCCUCCUAAAGUUAAGUGUACACAAAAAAUUUAUCAUCCAAAUAUAGAUUUAAACGGAAAUGUUUGUUUAAAUAUUCUGAGGGAAGAUUGGAAGCCUGUUCUCAGUCUUAGUGCUAUUAUGUUUGGUUUACAAUAUCUUUUUCUUGAUCCGAAUACGGAAGACCCUCUUAAUAAAGUUGCAGCAGAUGAUUUAAGAAAUAAUCAAGAAAGUUUUCAACAAAAUGUACAAAUUUCUAUGAGAGGCGGAUAUGUUCUGUCUGAAAUGUUUGAAAAUGUUUUUUCUUAA